AUGCUUGGGGAGUCUAAAGCGGCUGCACAGAGACGUUUUGAAUCACUAGAGCGAAGGUUGUACCACGAUGACCAGUUGCAAAAAGAAUAUAGUAAAUUCCUUCAUGAGUACAUAGCCCUUGGACAUAUGCGCCUGGUUCCACCCCACGACAAAUUUGUUUCCAACCAAUGUUUCCUCCCAUAUCACCCGGUUGUCAAAGAGGCAAGCACGACAACCAAGCUUCGCGUCGUUUUUGACAGAUCAGCUAAGACGUCAUCAGGUCACUCUCUUAAUGACGCACUGCUGGUAGGACCAGUAGUACAAGACGAUUUACUUUCAAUCAUUCUAAGAUUUCGUACAUAUCCUGUAGCAUUGGUCGCGGACAUCGAAAAAAUGUACCGUCAAGUAAAACUAAAUACCGAUGAUACACCCUUCCAACGUAUAUUAUGGCGCUUCUGUCGGCAAGAACCAAUACAAACUUACGAACUUCUAACAGUUACCUACGGCCUCGCUUCCUCGUCGUUUCUUGCAACUAGAACCCUCCAACAGCUUGCCGAAGACGAAGGAAGGUCGUACCCCUUGGGAGGUCCAGCUCUGCGAAAAGGCUUUUACGUUGAUGAUUUCAUCGCCGGAGCUCAAUCAGUGGAAGAAGCAACACAACUACGAUCUGAGUUGAAUGAACUGUUAUCCAAAGGCGGAUUUUCUCUGCGAAAAUGGACAUCGAGCAAGCUCCAGGUUCUACAGGGCCUUUCGGCGGAUGAAAUUGGAACUCACUCAUCUUUGAAGUUCGACAAGGAUGAAACUGUCAAAGCUCUCGGCAUCUCAUGGGAACCUCAAAGAGACGUAUUGAGAUUCGAUACUAACAUCAGCCAGAAAGGAAAGUUGACAAAGCGAGCAAUACUUUCCGAAAUUUCACAACUUUUCGACCCAUUGGGUCUGAUCGCUCCAGUUAUAAUACGCGGAAAAAUUCUAAUGCAACACCUGUGGUUGGAGUCCUGUGGAUGGGAUGAUGAAGUUCCCGAGAACAUAGCAACGAAAUGGAAACGAUACUCCGAGCAGCUACCAUUACUAACUGGUUUCAGAGUGAGCCGCUAUGCCUUUCUGCCGAACGCAGAGAUUCAACUACACACGUUUGCAGACGCCUCCGAAACAGCCUAUGGAGCAUGUACAUACGCAACAUCCGUCGACACUCAGUGCAAUAUUUCAGUACAACUGUUGGCUUCAAAAUCUCGUGUAGCACCGCUCAAGCGGGUUACUCUUCCUAUGCUGGAGUUGUGUGCUGCUGAUCUUGCCGCAAAACUCCAUUCCAGGAUAAUCCAAGCACUGCAGAUCAACAUCGCCUCAUCGUUUUUUUGGUCCGACUCCAUGGUUACAUUACAAUGGCUGAAAUCUCCGCCAAACACCUGGAAAACCUACAUAGCCAAUCGAGUGUCGGCUAUUCAGACUGCUACCCACGGAGCGCAAUGGAAACAUGUUGCUACCUUUAUAGCCGCGCUACGACGUGUCAUUGCCCGGAGAGGUCGUCCAACUGACAUCUUCUCGGACAACGGCAAGAACUUCGAGGGUGUCAAAAACGAACUCGAGCACCUAUACCACUGGCUCGGAGGCAACGAAGGGGAAGCCAUUCAGUCACACUGCGCCAACGAAGGCAUCAAUUGGCACUUAAAUCCGCCAAAGGCUCCCAACUCUGGCGGUUUAUGGGAAGCUGCAGUGAAGGUUGCUAAAAAUCACAUGUACGGCCAGUUGAGAAAUUCCCGUUUGUCAUUCGAGGACUUGAACACAGUCCUGACAGAAAUCGAAGCCGCAAUGAAUUCUCGACCAUUGGUACUACUUUCCGAAGAUCCGAACGAUUUAUCCUGA